GUCCAGGAAAACAAUGUCCGCUCAAUAUCUCUCAAAAGUUUACAUCGGGUCAUCAUGAAAGUUGGGGAUACUGCUUGUUGGCAUAAUAUAUUACCAAUUUUGUUAACCAGCCAGGUCGAAAGUAGUAAUUUCGACUAGUGUCCCGCGAUGUAUUUGAGCUGUUGAGCAUUAUAAUGCCACUUUUUGUGUACAUUGAAAAGUGCGGUUAAGGUUUGCGUACAGGAUAAUAUUCGGAUUAAAGUUUGCAUAAAACAGGUAUUUCAAACAGGCUGUUUAAUAAAAUUAACUUCAAAAGAAGUUUCUUUUCAUCGAACACAUGACUAGACUGUUGCUUGAUGUUUGUGUCGUCUUGAUAGCGGCGACUUUGCUGCAGACGACAGAUGCUCGACGUGGUGUAGGCAGAAACAACAAUCCGGGUCGACUUAACCGCUUUUCCGUUAAAUCACGUGAACGAAAGGAGUUUCGUAACAACAAAUUACCAGAAACAUUGAAGUACGCGAUUGCCAUUGAAGGAUUUCCAGUCGCCGAGCUUGACCUCGUUUUGAACUUCAAGAUUAAAAUACCGGACUGUUUCAUUGGAAACAUGAAAAGAGGUUUCCGUAAAGAACGUCGUCAACGGAAAAAGAAGGUUGGCAUAUACACGGACAAGAACGGACACGGAUCUUUCGCCUGUGAAGCGAGUAAAGGCAAUGAUUCGCAGUUAAUCUGUGAUUUGAGCGGGCUUGUGCACUUCAAUGGCACAGCCUGCUACAUCGGAGGCGGAGUUAACGAAACUGUGUGUUAUAACGUUACCACGGAAGGAAAACUGAAAUGCCUUACCCCACCUGAUGUUGUAAGAGCGAAUAGUUCCGGUAUUAUGCAACGGUCAGCAGAUUUACUGGCUCGUGGCCGUCGCUCCAUUCUCCCGUCUCCGGGAUUCAAGGUUGUUGAAACUGCGUUUGCACUGGACUCAGCAUUCAUGAAACAAUUCUACGAUCGCCACCCGGGAAACACGACGGCUGCCGAAGCAGAAGUUGAACUCUUCGUGGCACUGUUGGUCAACGAGAUGAACGUUUUCUUCGCAUCCGUCAAAGAGGUGUCUGACGGUAAACUUGACAUUUAUGUUUACCCUGCAGCAGUCGUCUACCCAGGCUACGGGUAUAAUUUCGCAUGGUCUUCAAUGCACAGUGACGGUGUUAGCCUAAAGUCGAGUACAGAAUUCGACGAACGGCUAAGAGCGUUUUUCAGCAGUGGUUUCACAACCAACCACCAUGAUUAUGCCAUGGCUCUUACGGGGUUAGAUCUCCUUGACACGGACGAAAGCAGAGGGUUGCUUGGUUUUGCCUACCUCGCUUCGGUAUGUGAUGACUCGGCUUACAGGUACUCCAUCAACGAGUUCACAAUCUACAACGUGGCCUGGGUGGCGUCACAUGAAAUGGGACACUCACUUGGUGCUAGCCAUGAUUCGACGGAAGAAUGCCCUUCCGGAAAGAACGUGAUGUCCUCCAACUUGUUUACGCCUUCCGAGAGCACCAUAGACACCUACAGCAGAUUCUCAACAUGCAGCACCGAUCAAAUCAUCAGCCACUUGAAGCGACAUCCAGAUUGCACCGCCAACAAUGGCUUCACGGACGAGCAGUUCAGAGCCUCGUUUUGCAGGGGCCUGCUUGGUCAGCAAAAAAACAGCCUUGACCUUCAGUGUCAGAAGCGAACUGGCUUUUCCGGAAGUACCGUGUGCGACGGGACUAUUAGCGGCGAUGAGGGCUGUUACGAAUAUGGUCAAAUUAAUUGUAAAGAUGCCAGCGGCGGAUGCAACGUUAGCCUUGGAUUCGUAUGGAAUGGAACUCCGUGCGGCAGCAAACGGAUGUGCUUGAAAGGAAGAUGCGUGCCAAAUAUCGACAUCUGCAAAACUGCGACCACUACGAUCAAAACGAAUGCCACGAGACCCACAACAACAACCACUCGGCCAACAACAACAACCACUUGGCCCACAACCACAACAAGGUCCACAACAACAACUACGCCAACAGCAACCACUAAGCUCACAACUUUACAGCCCACAACCACCAAGUCCAAAAGCAUUAGGGCCACAACACCAACCAUAGAGGAAGGACAAGAUGAAUAUAAUGACGAUGGAGAAGAUUAUUUAAACAAUAGCAAUAGGGCCACAACAACACCAAUCACGGGGGAAGGACCAGAUGAGUAUAAUGAUGAUGACGAAGAUUAUUUAAACAGUAGCACAUGGCCCACAGCAACAACAACCACUUCAACAACAACUACCACUAGGCCAACAACAACAACCACAAGGCCCACAACAACAACUAGGCCCACAACAACUACCACUAGACCAACAACAACCACUCAGCCCACAACCACAAAAACAACAACCACUACCACAACCACUACCGCUAGUCCCACAACAACAACCACUAGGCCCACAACAACAACCACUAGGCCAACAAACACAACAACAAGGCCCACAACAACAACAACUACGCCCACAACAGCUACUACUAGGCCCACAACAACAACCACUAGGCCCACAACAAUAACCACUAGGCCCACAACAACAACCACUAGGCCCACAACAACAACCACUAGGCCAACAACAACAACCACUAGGCCAACAACAACAACAACAACCACUAGGCCUACAACAAUAACCGCUAAGCCCACAACAACAACCACUAGGCCCACAACAACUACCGUUCGGCCCACACAAACAACCAAAAGGCCCACAACAACAUCCACUAGGCCCACAACAAUAACCACUAGGCCAACAACAACAACCACUAGGCCCGCAACAACCACUAGGCCAACAACAAUAACCACUAGGCCCACAACAACUACUGCUAAGCCCACAACAACAACCACUAGGCCCACAACAACUACCGUUCGGCCCACACAAACAACCACUAGGCCCACAACAACAUCCACUAGGCCAUACACAAUAACCACUAUGCGAACAACAGCAACCACUAGGCCCACAACAACAACCACUAGGCCCACAACAACAACCAUCAGACCCACAACAACAACCACAAGGCCCACAACAACAACCGCUAGGCCCACAACAACAACCGCUAGGCCCACAACAUCUACCACUUGGCCCACAACAACAACCGCUAGGCCCACAACAACUACCGCUAGGCCUACAACAACAACCACUAGGCCCACAACAACUACCGCUCUGCCCACACAAUCAAUCAUUAGGCCCAUUACAACAACCACAAGGCCCACAACAACAACAAGGCCCACAACAACAACAACUAUCGUUUGGCCAACAUCAACCACUACAACCACAAGAACUUCUUCUAUGCCCACAACAACAACCACUAGGCCCACAACAACAACCACUAGGCCAACAACAACCACUAGGCCCAUAACCACAGGGCCAACAACAACAGCAACAACGCCAAAAACAACUACUAGGCCCACAACAACAAUCGCUAAGCUCACAACUUCCCAGCCUUCAGCCACGAAGUUAACAACCACCACGGAGGAAGGAUUAGAUAAUGAUGGCGAGGAUGAAGAUUAUUUGAACAAUAGCAUUAGUGCGACAAUAACAGCCACGGAAGAAGGACCAGAUGCAUAUAAUGAUGAUGAUGAUGAUGAUGAGAUUAUUUAAACAGUAGCACUAGGCCCACAACGACAACCACUGAGGAAGGACCAGAUGAAUACAAUAAGCUCACACAUCACCAUACCACAACUGCUCUGCUCACAACUCCCCAGCCCACAACCACUAAGUCCACAAGCACUAGGCCCACAACAGCAACCACUGAGGAAGGACCAGAUGAAUAUUAUAAUGAUGAAGAAGAUUAUUUAAACAAUUGAUCCAUUUAUAAAUUUUGUUAUUGGUUGAAAGAAAUGAAGUUUUCGAUACUUUCUUUGUUACCUUAAGAUUACAAAUGAUUAAUAUUAAGUUUCGUGAUAUCUAUGAAGUUUCAAUGUAUUGAUAAUAAGAAUAUAUAUCUUAGUGAA